UAAAAUGGAAGAAAUAUUUUAAAAUAAAUAAAAUUUUAAUAGAACUAGUUUUCAAUGAAUUAUUUUGUGGGAACUAUCUUGUUCUAAUCGAUAAUAUUACAUUUCAAUAUUGUUUUAUAUUUUCUAGAAUCUAUCCGAUUUGAAAUGUUUUUCUUUGCAAUAUGAUUGUUCAUAUGAUGCAUAUGAUGGUGAAAUUUUACCUCUUUUACGUCGUAUGUCAAAUAUUGAAGUAUUAAACUUAAAUCUUAUUAUUGGUAGGCCAGCUCGAUUUAUUGAUGGUAAAAAUAUUUAUGAUGAAAUUCUUAUUCAUAUACCACGACUUCAUACAUUUAACUUUUGUUUUUUAAUCUUUGCUCGAUUGGAUCAUUCCGCUCAUCAUUUAUAUAAAGAUGAUAUUCUACAAACUUUUACUAACAUUAUAGAUCAACAAGUCGAAUGUAUGAUCAAGUAUCGACGUCAUGGUGAUUUGAAAUAUCAUUUAUUUUCAUUACCAUUUAUGUUUGAUGAUCUCCAUUCUAUUGAUAAUGGAUUUCCAAAUAUUAUUUUCAAUCAUGUUAUAAGAUUGGUGGUGGAUGAUAGCAUUGCAUUUGAACAUGAAUUUUUCAUGCGAAUUGCUUCGUGUUUUCCUUUACUUAAAGUAUUAACUGUUUCUAAUUCUACGCCACAAUCACCAAUAUUAAAUUCUAAUGAUAAUCAAUUAUACUCAACACCUAUUGAAUAUCCUUAUCUUACUUCGCUUUGUUUUUCAUGGGGUCAUCGUGAUUAUAUCGACCAAUUUCUUAAUGAUAAAAAAACAUAUCUACCUCGUCUAACCGUAUUAUCAGUAAAUUACUAUCAUUUAAGAAGCGUCACGAGAAAUUUUACAAACGAUAGAACACGAUUGAAUUGUAUGAAAGUAAAAGAAUUAGAUAUAUGUCCUAAAAAAAUUGCAUAUUCAAAAUAUUUCUAUACUUAUUUUCCUUUGUUGUAA